GGGACCACUCUUUUAUGGAGCGCUGACACAGCUCAUUUCGGCGCGUUGCGAUCUCCCUCAGUGCCAACCGGUGACCCUGAGCCACGACCUCCUCGCGCCAGAAGAACAGCGACGCGACGCCAGGGUUUUAGUCCCAGGUCCCAGGGAAUGGAAUUAAAUAUUAAAUCAUUUAAAUUAAACAGAUUUAUGUACAUAGUGUACUAAAUUUGAAUUUAGGUUCAAAUCAAACUACAAUUCCUUACAAGGUUCCUGUGCCAAGCUCAAGCCAGAUGUUUUUAUCAUUCAGAUUGGUUCUUGAAAAAGAUUUCAAAGCAGCUGAUAUAAAAUGGAGCUUAUUUGUAGCUGCAGCAUUUAGCUUUAGAUAUGAAAGUUGCCUUCGACCCUUCCCUCCCACUUAUUUAAAAAAUGGAAUCAAAGAUAUGGAUAAUUUACUAAGCGUCGUGACCGACGUACCAGCUUUGGAUCUAGUAUUACAGCAAUUAGAUAAUCUGGAAAACUUGACACACAUAAGCGACAUAAUUGAUUUGCUUUUUUACGUACUUGUGCGAUUGAAAGAGCCAAGUCUGAAAACAGUUCCGCCAGAAAUACAUGAUACUUUAAUUGAAAGCCUUCAUUUUGGAAGGAAUGCACCAAGACCCCAACAUAUUUUCCAAGUAAACUACUCUUACAAGUCAACUACUGAAGCUAAAUGGAAGGAAUUGGCUAAAAAUCAUCAUAUAUUUUUUGCAUUCCAUGGAAACCGCUUGGAAAAUUUUUAUACGAUUCUGCAUUUUGGUUUACAACAACAUUUAAAUAAGAAUACAAUGCUGGGAAAUGGCGUAUAUCUAUUGCCUGAGGUGAAUGCAUCGCUGCCAUAUAGCCAUGGUGGAUUCGGAUGGGGCGCAAGCUGCAUCGGUGGUCAUCUAUCUUGUGUCGCUAUGUGUGAAGUUAUCGAUGCUCCUGAAGGAAUAAACUAUCAAAAACCAGUAUCUAAUGAAGGCGAUGGGCUGUUUGACGACAAGAAAAAUAAAUAUGCUGAACAAGGUUAUGACGGAACAACUGCGCAAUACAUCGUUACUAAUUGCGAGUUGGUGAGGCUGCGAUAUCUACUGGUUUACGCCAAACAACCAACAUCAAUGCGGUUCCCAACUAUAGGAUCAAACAGAAACGGAGGUGGCUUCAGACAGUGGCUUUCCAGGCAUAAAUUAUUUUCGAUUUUACUUGGCUACGGACUCAUGUUAGCAACUAUCGGCUUUGCAAAUAACCAACCCAUCCAGUAUUAUUACAAAAUUUUAUUGAAAAAGCUGGACAUUUACAGUAAUGUCAAAGUGUGAGUGAUAAUUUCACCCUAGGUAUGAGGUAAACGGGUACAAUUUCAAUCACGUUUCCUGCGAAAUAAAAAGUAAGUACUUAGUUACCUAGGACAAAAUUCAUGUUAUCAAUCUCAGUGAGAAAAUUAUACUUAUGAAAUAUUUUGUAAAUUA